AUGGUGGUCGGGAGUAAGAGAAGUGCGACCGACGCUGGAUUCACAUCGAGUAGCGUCGAACCCACCUCCAAGAUUCCCAAAGCCACUGCGUCUCCCGUUCAGGAAAUGGCCUCUAUCACGAACCCACCGAGCAUUAAUAUGAAUGAGGCACAUAGGAAUGGCAUGCCUCAGCGACGAAAGGUUGAUGUCUCCGCAGAUGUUCGCGGUGGCGCGGACCAAGUCGAUGAUGCAGGGUGGUCAGUCGCAGAAUCAAAAUCAUCCCGGAAGAAGAAAAGACGCAAACUUCGAGAAGACUCGACGGUCCAUCCCAGUAUCAACUUUCUGGACACCAAACCCGCUCGGGUCCAACUCAAGGCUCUGCAAGACCUUGUUCUUUAUGUCCUUGCCGACGGGGUGGCGCCAACCUGGCUAGCGGUUAAUAAUGCUAAACAGAUUGACAAAAUUGUGGUUCUGAUGAUCCCUGGCCUUGACCGAGCGACGCUUGAAGACCGAGCAACACUCGAGGCUGCGAUAUCUCUGUACGAACAGACCUUACCUCAGACUCCCGGUGCGGAGUCCGUCGCUGCUGAAGCCCAUGUUCGUGACCCGCCAACGAUACCAGACAAUGUCCUGCUGUCAGAUGUUCCAGAUUCUAGGGGCGAUGUGACAUCGCCACUGAGCCCACAAUCCCUCCUCGAUCACCUUCUCACACACAUGAUCGAAGUCAAAGCCCCUGGCGACUCGCACGCCAACAGAGUCCACUCCCCUCUACAGGGGAUGCUCAUUGCACCUCUACCACCCUCCUCCAGCACUAAUCCCAAGAACAAGCAUCCAGAAAAGUCUUCCCAUUAUACACGCACGCCCAUAUCCCAAUUCAUCCAUACGGCUGACGAGCUUCGGGAGGCGGAAUACCCAGUUCAUCCUGCGGCGUUCACCAACCCUCAAGAUGCAGCCCUGGAGGCGGCCCGACGUGAGGCUACGUCUCAGUCGUUGUCUCACGGCUGGGUCGACACGUCCGUCGUCAAGUCCACACCUGUGUUGAACGCGUCCUCUCAAACUGACGGCACGUCAUCUGCAGCAGCCCAUUCCCGCCGCCGCCGCACUUCGGCCUCAUCUCGCGACCCCCUGACUGAAGGCCUCAAACCCUACGCGCUAGAUUGUGAAAUGGUCCUCACCACAGACGAAAAAUCCUCCCUGGCACGUAUCUCCCUUCUGGACUGGUCCGGCUCUACGGUGUUAGACUCAUACGUCAAACCCGAUCUCCCCGUCAAAAACUACUUCACCCAAUACUCGGGCAUCACAGAAUCGCACCUGGCCGAUGUCACCACGACCCUAUCAGACAUUCAGACGCGCCUCCUGUCCAUUCUGGGCCCAGACUCAAUUCUUCUCGGCCACAGUCUCGAGUCGGACCUGAAUGCCCUGAAACUCACGCACCCUUUCAUCGUGGACACGAGCAUAAUUUACCCGCACCCGCGGGGUCUGCCGUUGCGCUCGUCUCUCAAAUUUCUCGCGAAUCGCUACCUGAAACGCGAGAUUCAGAAAGAAGGCGCCGACGGACACGACAGCGUCGAGGACGCAAGAGCCGUGCUCGACCUGGUCAAGCUGAAGUGUGAAAAGGGCCCUCGCUGGGGCACCCUCGACGCGAACGGCGAGAGCAUCUUCAAGAGGAUCGCGCGCAGUAUCCGCGCAGACGGAUCCAAUAGGCACAGAAGAACGGCGAUCGUCGAGUACGGAACGCCCGAGCGGGGCUUUGGUAAGGAAGCGACUUACAAGAUUGCCUGUACCAGUGACGACGAGAUCGUCCAAGGCAUCAUUCGAGCUGUGAAUGGAGACUGUCCGGCCGACGACAGCGAAAAUGGAGCUGCAAGAGAUGGAGGAACUGAUAAGACUGCAGAUGGUCAAGAAACAACAGAUCAGGAAAUCCCAGAAGGCGGAGUGGAUUUUGUCUGGGGCCGGCUGCGCGACCUGGAGGCGUUGAGAGGUUGGAAUAACCCACCACCACCACCGACGACGACGACGACGAUCUCCACCUCUGAACCAAACACGUCAAGCGAGGCUGCUGCUACUACUACUGCUGCUGCUGCUGCUCCUGCUGCUUCAGAGCAGACAGCCGAGUCCUCUGAGUCUUUACGCCAAACAGCCUCACGGACCCUUUCUCGACUUCUCACUCUGUACGCGGCUCUGCCUCGGCGGACCCUGUUGAUGACGUACAGCGGCACAAACGACAUGCGGCCGGUCCUGCGCCUGCAGCAGCUUCACACGCAGUACCGCAAGGAGUUCAAGGUCAAGAAGUGGGACGAGCUGAGCGUCAAAUGGACCGACGUGGAAGAACAGCAGCUGCGCAGCGCCGUGGACGUUGCGAGGAAGGGCGUGGGCAUUCUCGCCGUGAAGUGA